UUUUUUGCUACACUGAAACAUGUGUAACGAGCAAGCUCGGUCAAAUGGAUGUGCAACCACCAUCUAGCCAGCAAAAGCAACUAACUCAAGUUCUCCCAAACACUUCAAUUAACACCGCCAUGGGCAAAGCGCCGGCUGACAACUCCGCCGCCAUGGAGUUACAGCCGCUAGAUACCGAGGCAGCGGAGAGGUCUAAGUGGCUGCUGGCCUCCGCCGAUCCCCCGCCACCGUGGCAGCAACCCUUCAGAUCCAUAAAAGAGUCUGUUCUACCUCACCCCACCACAAAACAACAUAGGCCAAACCGACUACUUCUCUUCUUGCAAUCACUCUUUCCAGUCCUCAAAUGGGGAAAGAACUAUAAAGCUUCAAUGUUCAAGAGUGAUUUCUUGGCUGGCUUGACUCUUGCCAGUCUCUGCAUUCCUCAGAGUAUUGGAUAUGCUAAUCUGGCUAAAAUGGAUCCACAGUAUGGUCUGUACACAAGUGUGGUUCCGCCAUUGAUAUAUGCUGUAAUGGGAAGUUCUAGGGAGAUCGCUAUUGGUCCUGUGGCGGUGGUCUCAUUGCUGCUCUCUGCGAUGAUCUCCAAAGUGGUGGACCCUUCCGCCGAUCCGACGGCAUAUCGUCGGACCGUUUUCACCGUCACCUUCUUCACCGGCGCCUUCCAGGCACUCUUUGGAAUAUUCCGGCUGGGAUUCCUGGUGGAUUUUUUGUCACAUGCAGCGAUUGUAGGAUUCAUGGGAGGUGCAGCUAUUGUGAUCGGCCUCCAACAGUUGAAGGGAUUGCUCGGAAUCACCCAUUUUACUUCCAAAACUGAUGUCGUCUCUGUGCUUACUGCUGUUGUCAAAGCACUUGGUCAACAAUGGUAUCCAUUGAAUUCUGUCCUGGGCUGUUCCUUCUUCAUCUUCAUCCUAAUCACCCGAUUCAUAAUGAAUUUACAGGGGCAAAGAAACAAGAAACUGUUCCGGGUAGCCGCAACGGCGCCGCUGUUCUCAGUGAUAGUAUCGACCUUGAUAGUCUACUUAUCGAACGCGGAAAAGCACGGCAUCAAGAUCGUCAAGCACUUGAAAGGCGGCCUCAAUCCGAGCUCGCUUCACCAGCUUGACUUGGGAGGCCAGCAUGUCGCAGAAGCUGCCAAAAUCGGAUUAAUAUGCGCCUUAAUAGCACUUACUGUCAGUUCUUGAUCACAACUCUAUAAAUAUAUAUAUAUAUA